GGAGGGAACACGGGAGCGACAUGGACAGCAGAGCUGUGCUGAGGCUCUCGCUGGGGGCGGCCGUGGUCCUCCUGGUGCUGCUGCAGAGCACGCAGUCAGUCCGCAUCCAGUACCGAGGCUUCCAGGUGCAGCUGGAAUCUGUGAAGAACCUGAGUGACCUGGAGCAGCAGUGGGCGCCCAGCCCCCGCCUGCGGGCCCAGAGCCUCCUGCCCGCUGUGUGCCACCACCCAGCCCUGCCCUCGGACCUCCAGCCUGUCUGCGCCUCCCAGGAAGCUGCCAGCAUCUUCAGGGCCUUAAAGAGCAUGGCUACUGACGAGUGUGAGCUGUGCGUGAACAUCGCCUGUACCGGCUGCCGCUGAGAUGGUCCUCAGCGCCCUGAGCCCGCCCGGGACACCGUGCCACCUCAGCCCACUGCCUCGGCAGCCUCCCAGCCCCGUCCCCGCUCCAGCAGGGCCCCCGACCACUGGGUCGUCACCGCCCUGCCAGGGCCUGGGCAGCCGGGUCUGCAUCCGGAUCGGACACACGGUGGAGGAGAGUCCAGGCCCAAGUCAGCCACACUCUUCAAUAAAGAUUCUC